ACUGUAGAAUUGUAGAAAUUUUUCAUCAGUUCAAAAAACUUCGUUCAAGCAUCUGCGACAAUAAAAAGUUUGUGCUUGAAAUAUGAAUUUUGAUAGUUUAAGUUAAUUUAAUUUCGCAGUGUUUGAGUGAAAGAUUCGGUUUGCAUUAUCCACAUAAUUUCGAAUAAAAUACCGAAUCGUUUCGAUAAAUGCAGAAGAGUGCAAUUGAACAUGAUGAACCCAUUGGGACACAAAUUGAACAACAGUUAUGAAUCCGAGCAGUCAUCAAGCAAUGGUUCAAUAAACGAAGCAAAUACAUCGGAAAGUGCAUCGGCAGUAACACCACCACUCAGUUUACCUGAAUUAUUUGCUGUUGAUCGCAUUAAUGCAUUGAAUGUCGUGGAAAACGGAUCCGACAAUUGCAGAGUUUCAGCAACCGAAUUCGAAUAUGAUUCGGAACAGACCCAAUAUUCAAAUACGUUCAGUUCGGCCGAAAUAUCGGACCAAAAUGAGAGAGUUUACAAGGAGCUCGGUGAAAUAAAGCUUACGAAAAUACUGAAAUCGCUCACCUCCCAUCAAUCGCCGCAUCAGUGUACGUUGCAACAAAACUACUGUGAUCGUAAUAUUGACAAAUCGCCGUCCAUCAUUUAUAACAUGGAAAACAGCUGUAAUGCGACGGACAAUAAAAUUGCAAAGAGAAACAGCGCCCACAAAUAUGACAAAAACUUAACAUUUAAGUUAGACAUCGGUAGCAACAGUCGCCGAACGAAGACAAUCGCCCCAUCGACGAUCAGUACGCGAACGAUGGGAACAAGAAAAACCCCAAUAAAACCUCGUCCGCAAUCACCGGACUUAUUCGAUGACUUUUCCGAUUCUGAAAACAACAACAUUUCCGAUAACAACGACGCGGUGUUGGAACACUCGGUACUGUCGGAAAAAGGAAAGGAAAGUGAAUGGGAGAAAUCAUUGUUGAAACGCAUCCAAGCCUCGUUGUCGGGUGUUCUGCCACCGCCAUCCAAGACAAUAAUCCAGUACAACAGCACUGAACUGUUGGACAUUUACAACGAAAAUCUGACCAAAAUGUCCGGUUGUGACGGAAGCGAAUCGAAACACACCGAAUCGUUAUUCAAACCCACCCACACUGUGGACGAGGUAAAAACCAUCGGAUGGAAUGACAUGAACAUGGGCAUAAAAUGUCACGGUCUGCUGUACAAUCGAACGACUGACAGCGAGGAAAUUGAGCUGCUGGGCAUGAAGUAUGUCGAACGUUGCGUUGGAGUGGAGACGAGCUCAUCGUUUACGCACACCUAUCGGCCUAGCGCUAACAAACUGCGCAUGAAGAUGCUGAGUCAAUCGCCGGGAACGCGGUUAAGUCAUUUGGUUGGUCGAAAGAGGGGCCUGUCAGCGGCGAAUCUAUUGUCGAAACAAUGUGGAUCUGAUUCGUCGAAGCUGGGCAGCAAGCAGCUGAUGAUAGAUGUGCAGAAAAAUUGCGGUAGACGACGGAAGGCCGCAACACCCAAGCGUCGUACACCUGCUAAGAAAAAGACUCCAGGCCGCAAAACACCUGGCUCGGCACGGAAACGUGCAACACUAUCAACUAAGUCUAUGGCUCCGACGCGUGAAACAUCAAAACGGGCUCUGUUCCAAAGUCCGCCGCAACAGAAACCAAAAUGUGUAAAGCCAACGAUUCCGGAAGACGUAGCCCGACGCGUCGACAAGUCGAAACGGAUGUUAUUUUCACCGUCCACCGACGAACGUGAUGCCAAACCGUCGAACAGUUUCAGUCAACCGAUUGGAAAGCGCAGGAGAGACGAGGACGGUCUACUGGGUAAUCAGUCAAAGUUACCGCGCAUCGGUGGCAUUGAUGAUAUACGCACUUCACGCACCAUGUUAGCUAAAAGUCAAACUUUCUGUGUUAAUAAUACAAUCAACAACGAACCGGCAACGGGAUCAUCGGUACUUCGAGCUAGAUCCGAUGUGACACUAAAUGGCCAACAGUUGUCACAGUCCCAUCGAAGGAAGUUGCUGUGGGCAGUAUCUACCUCGUUACGUAAGAAGAACAUCAAUUCGCAACAUAAAGACUUUACCGCAUUCGCUAGUGUGUUGGCGAAGGUUGUCAAACGAUUGUUCCUUGAAACAAGAGAUGAGAGCACGUCGACUAGCGACACUAUGAUCAGAAUUGCUGAUCGACUGGUAUUUUGGGUAGUUCAAGGCAAAUCAAUCGACGAAAUUUACUUAAAUGAAAAAAUGCGCAAAGAAAAUCUUCGUGCCGCUUCGAAAAUUAAAUUGAAGGGCUACAUAGGACCGGAAGACUACGAAAAGCUGAAGAAACCAAUACAAAAAGUCAAUUCGAAUUUGUUCCUAUCUCAAUCAUCGACGGACUCGUUCAAUUUCAGUCAGCAAUCGUUCAGCUUCAGCACCCAGACAACCAUAUCACAGAACACCGAAGGCUUAUUAAAUGAUCUCUCGUUAAGUAACAAUUGCUUCAACGAAACCAACAGUUUGGGUGCCAUGCCGGAAACGGUAAACUAUGCAUUGUGCGGAAGUUCGUCAAAGAGUAAUACCAGCGGCAGUGUGUUAAGGGAAAAUGUACGGGAGAGUGAGCUGAAGCAAAAAUCUGGUCAAAAAUUGAUUGAAUUUUCGGGAAAAGACCAGAAAAAUGUUAGUCCAUAUCACGAUAAGGUUUACUUCGUUGGAGGUUCGCGGACUAAUAUCAUGAAUGUUAAGCGGCAAAUAUCAUUCGAUGCAUAAUAGUCACCAUGAAGAAGAGUCUGGGAUUCAAUUUUUGCACCAACAAUUUGCUGUAAAUGGGAGCUCUUAAACAAUGAUGAUUCAUAUCAAUGGUAAACGAUAUUUUAUAACAGAAAUUUUAAAUGAAUUAAAGACUUUGUGUGAAUGAAAAACA